GUAAGCAUGUUUCUCAACACACUGACACCCAAGUUCUACGUGGCUUUGACAGGCACCUCUUCUCUUAUAUCGGGACUGAUUUUGAUCUUCGAGUGGUGGUAUUUCAGGAAAUAUGGGACCUCUUUCAUUGAGCAGGUGUCUGUGAGUCACCUGCGCCCUCUGCUGGGCGGCGUGGACAGCAGUUCUCCCAGCAGCUCUAGUGCCAGCAACGGUGACGCUGACUCAAGCCGGCAAAGCGUGUCGGAAUGUAAAGUUUGGAGAAAUCCGUUGAAUUUAUUCCGAGGAGCCGAGUACAAUCGGUACACGUGGGUGACGGGCCGAGAGCCACUGACAUACUACGACAUGAACCUGUCGGCACAGGACCACCAAACCUUCUUCACCUGCGACUCGGACCACCUCCGGCCUGCAGACGCCAUCAUGCAGAAGGCGUGGAGGGAGAGAAACCCACAAGCUCGCAUCUCAGCUGCACAUGAAGCACUGGAACUAGAAGACUGCGCGACGGCGUACAUUCUACUUGCUGAGGAGGAGGCCACCACCAUUAUGGAGGCGGAGCGCUUGUUCAAACAGGCACUGAAAGCUGGCGAGGGAUGCUACCGCCGUAGUCAACAGUUGCAGCACCACAACACACAGUACGAGGCCCAGCACAGAAGAGACACCAACGUCUUAGUGUAUAUCAAGAGGAGGCUGGCUAUGUGCUCCAGAAAGCUUGGCCGAACGAGAGAGGCAGUAAAAAUGAUGAGAGAUUUGUGUGUUUUCCAGUUAAUGAAGGAGUUCCCUCUCCUCAGUAUGUUCAACAUCCACGAAAACCUGCUGGAGUCGCUGCUAGAGUUGCAAAACUACGCAGACGUGCAGGCUGUACUGGCCAAGUACGACGAUAUUAGUUUACCUAAAUCUGCAACUAUAUGCUACACAGCAGCAUUACUCAAAGCCAGAGCUGUGUCAGACAAGUUCUCUCCAGAGGCGGCGUCAAGGCGAGGUUUGAGCACCGCAGAGAUGAAUGCAGUAGAAGCAAUUCACAGAGCGGUGGAGUUCAACCCCCACGUCCCAAAAUAUCUUCUGGAGAUGAAGAGUCUGAUACUUCCUCCAGAGCACAUCCUCAAGCGAGGAGAUAGCGAGGCCAUUGCGUACGCCUUCUUUCACUUGCAACAUUGGAAGCGUGUGGAGGGAGCGCUCAACCUGCUGCACUGCACCUGGGAGGGAACGUUCAGAAUGAUCCCAUAUCCCUUGGAAAAAGGUCAUCUCUUCUAUCCUUAUCCCAUCUGCACAGAGACAGCGGACAGAGAGCUGCUACCCACAGUGUUCCACGAGGUGUCGGUAUACCCCAAGAAGGAGCUCCCCUUCUUCAUCCUCUUCACGGCUGGCCUCUGCUCCUUCACCGCCAUGCUGGCGUUGCUCACGCAUCAGUUCCCGGAACUUAUGGGUGUCUUCGCUAAAGCGUUCCUGAGCACGCUGUUUGCACCGCUUAACUUCAUCAUGGAGAAGGUGGAGAGCAUCCUGCCGUCCAGCCUUUGGCACCAGCUCACACGCAUCUGA